AGCGUUGAUGGUCUUGAACGUACCCUUCUUCCUUACCCCUUUCCCGGGCAAAAAAAAUCUGCUACUAAAAAAACGCUAGGCGCGUGUUAAGAAAUUGAAACGCAUGAGUCUGGUUGAUUCGUUUUCCACAGUUUAGCUACUCUAUUUUCAAAGUAUUGUAACUUAUUAGAGUUGUUUGUUACGGUUAGAGUCCCGCGUCGGUUGAACAGACGGGACUGUGAGGCAAGGCCGCGACAGUUGGGGUUUUUGGGAGGUUUGCUGGACACUCCUAGAAGCUGGGGGGGAAUGUCCGGUUGGCCGCGUGGGUAAGCCAAUGCAAUGGGUUUAUACCGUUUAUCUUAUUCAGUAGUGAAAAUGAGCCAUGUGCAUCAACUUAUUCCACCAGAACCUGGAACUGUAGACCAGAGAGCGAAAAUGCCUUGGUAAAUUGUGACGUUAUACUUCCAGUGGUCUUCGUGUGCAAUUUGGUUGUGAUCCCGGAAGCUAGUCUCGCUAGCUAACGUUGACUGUUCAGUAACAGUUAAACAGUCCGCUUAGAAAGCCGUUGUUAUCAUGGCCAGCAGUCGGCUAGUAGUUGUUUGCUAGCUGGCUGGACACGUUCGCUAACGUUACCGGCAUCUUCACUACGGGUUACAGUCAAGAAUACGUUUUUUUCUGUCAUGUAAGAAUGUAACAAUUUGCUAAUCACAGUUUUAGUUACCCACUUUUAAGUAGCACGGUGCAUAUUGUGGCAUUGAUUGGUGAAGAUAUUACUAAAUGUAUUUGCCUAAAUGAAAGGUUGUAUCGCUCGCAGCAGUAACAUGCAGUUUGUUGAUUAGCUAGCUAACCAACGUUACGUUGUUUCCCAGACUGGUGGGGUGGGCCUCAUGAAUUUGUUAUUUUCAUUGUAUGUGAAGACCAGCUUGUUACAAUGUUGCGCAGUUUGAAGCACAUGUAUUGGAAUUGUAUAUUUCAUGUUGCCACUUUUUGUUGCAAUCCACAGACGUGCAAGAGGUACUAGGGCUGCAGUACUGCAGUUUGUUCGAUUUUUAUUUUUAGUCGAAAUAGCUUUGUUAAAGGGUGCACUUUUAACGAUAGGGACCGGGUUACUUUUCACUUUUGGAGCGUUGUAAUAAGUAGGACAAUUUAUGUCAUAAUCAGCUGGCCUGCAUUUGGUGGCGGAAAACCAGGCGUUACAACCAUGUGUGGUGAUCAUUUUGUCCCAACCGACUGAGAGAUACCACAAGUGGAAGGCUCGUUUCGUUGACAGGCUCAGGCUGAAUUUCGGCGCUGUACCAACCGUCAUUGGGUACAGCACCAUAUGGGACAUCACCAAGUGUAAGAGACAGCAUGCAGAGUGAAGAUGGAGAUGAAAUGCUGUGUGUUGACACAGACUCUGAUGUGGCGGAACAGCGGGAGAGUUAUAAAGUUAAAGUGAAAUGGACGCAUGAGGAGGAUGAGAAUCUAAAGAUCCUUGUGCACAACUUUGGAAAUAGUGACUGGACAACUAUCGCCAGCUUCCUACCAGGGCGUACAGAGUAUCAAUGUAUGCACCGCUAUAUGAAGGCUCUAGAUCCAGAUUUAAUCAAGGGGACUUGGACCAAGGAGGAGGACGACAAGGUCAUUGAGCUGGUGAGUAAAUAUGGGACCAAGCAGUGGGCGAUGGUGGCCAGGCACCUGAAGGGUCGCCAGGGGAAGCAAUGCAGGGAGCGAUGGCACAACCACCUCAACCCGGACGUGAAGAAGUCCUCGUGGACCCCAGAGGAGGACCUGAUCAUCUACAAAGCCCACUGUGUCCUUGGGAACCGCUGGGCGGAGAUUGCCAAGCUUCUACCUGGAAGGACGGAUAAUGCUGUGAAAAACCACUGGAACUCAACCAUCAAACGUAAAGCCGAGAUGGGAGCAUAUGUUAUGGAUGAUGACGGGAGCCCGCUACCACCCACUUCUCUGGAGCAGGGCGAGGUAGAUUUUCGUUGUGACGUUGUUUUGGACACGGAGCCUGAACCUCCAGAGGUGAUGAGACAGUAUAGAGAGGCUAUAGACCCCAUGCUAAAAAUUAGGCCAAAAAAGGACUCUCACCCAGUCAGGUCAAAGACAGUGGUGUUCCCGCCUGUCUUAGCCAAGAGGGACUCCAACAGCCCCUGCUCUAGCAGCGUCCCCACUCUCCACCAGUCUCGCCAGAAGAGCAUCACAGAGGCCGUAUUGCGGAUGAUAGCGGAGGACAUGCUGCCCCUCAGCUUCGUGGAGGGCUCAGGCUUCAGGAGCUUCAUGUCUGUGAUCGGCCCCCAAUAUCAGAGGCUGUCCCAGCGUGCCGUGGGCCUCCGUCUGUACGACGACGUGGAGAAGGCAAUCAAGCCCCAUCUGAUCCGCGACCUGAAGACCUGCUUGGCUGCCAGCGCGGGCGAUGCCGUUGUCCAUGCCACCCUGGACCUCUGGGCCAGCCCCUACGCCGACCCUGUUGUCGCCGUGCAGUUGCACUUCCUGGAUGAUGACUGGCACAUCCACCGGCCCACCGUGGCCUUUCGCCACAUCGGCCACAAGAACAUGAACGUGGCCAUGGCCCGGGAGCUGGAAGCCGUGCUGCUGAGCUACGGCCUGUUCCCCAAUAAUCUGGGUUACAUCAUCACCAACGAGGCCAAGCACACCAUCGCUGCCUACGACCUCUUUUGCGACUAUAGGAUCAUGUGCUCGUCUCAGAGGGGCGAUCCGGACGAGGAGGAGAUGCUAGCCUUCCUGGGUGACAAGAUGCUCACGGAGGACUUCUCAGAGAUCCAGUUUGGCACGCGCGUGGGCUGCGUCGCCAACAUGCUGCAGCUGGUGAUCAAAGAGGCUCUAAAGAACUCUCGCGUGGUGGAGAACCUGCUGUCUCAGGUACACAACGUGGUGGCCUUCUUCCGCCGCAGCGCCUACUGGAACGAGGUGCUGCUGAAGGAGUGUGGCCUGUCACUGGCCCCCUCACCCGGCGGCUGCCGCUGGAAUUCCACCUUUGUGUCGAUGCGGCGGAUGGUACAGGAGGCUGUGUGGGGCUCAGUCAUGACCCUGCUUGCCCAGGCCCGCAUUGAGGCCAAGGACUCGUCCAGCUCCCCGCCCAUGGUGAGGGCCAAGCGGGAGCAGGUGGUGGACAUCAUCGGCCUGCUGGAGCCCUUUGAGGAGGCCAUUCAGGUGCUUCAGAGCGAUGCCGUCACCUUCUCCCUCAUCAUCCCCUCCCUGAUCGGCCUGGACAAGACCCUGGAGACCCGCUCCACCAACUACAGCCACUUCUCCAAGGGGCUCCGCUCCGGCCUGCAAACACACUUCCAGCCCCUCUUUCUGCAGAGGGACCUGAUCCUGGUCACGGUGCUGGACCCCCGCAUUAAGCUCCAGCCCUUCGAUGACGUGAAGCAGGAGGGGGACGCCGCCUCCCUGGCCGCCCCCUCCAAGUUCCAGGUCCAAAUGCUGGUCAAGUCGUUGGUCAGCGACAUGGAUUCCUCGAACCCAGUGAAGCAAGAGGAGAGUGAAGAGAUCCAGGAGGACUCUGAGGCCUCCAGCUCUAACAGUGGCAGCGGCAACCUCAAGCGCAAGUCCAUCUUCAGUUUCCUCCAGCCUGCGACCAAGAGCAUGAAGUUGUCUGAGCUGGACCAGUACUUGUCAGAGCCUGUGCUGGAUGGGGACUGCUCCACCCAGGUUUUCUGGAGAGACGCCUCACGGUUUCCCCAGCUGCAGAGAGCGGCCAGGAAGCUGCUGGCUGUGCCUGCCACCUCAGGCGGCUUUGAUCGACUCUUCCCCAUGGCGUCCUGCAUCGUCAGGGCCAAGAGGAGCCGGCUGCCCCCUCACACCACUGAGAGGCUGCUGAUCUACAGGGAGUCCCUGAGGGCGAAAGACGGGAGGUCCAAUUUCAAUGGCGCCACUAAACCGUCAUAGACAUGCUGAACACAGUGCCUGCUACUGCCCUAUAUAUCUCAUUGUCAGUCCUGUGCGUGCAGGGUCUCUUACCCUAAUCUGUUACUCGAUUGUCAUCCAAGUUUACAUGAUUGAACAAUGAGCCGGGACAAAACCCUGCACACCAAGGAUUGAGCUUUGAGGGCUGAGUGAUGUCAUGUCAACAAAUGUAACACAACAGAAAUAAUACCUCUAAAUAAUGUUAUUUUUGUAAUUAUGAAGUUAAUACAUUUUAGAUUAUGUAAAAAAAUUGGAAAAAACAUGUUUGGUACACCUUGUAAUGGACAAUAUGGUAAGAUGGCCAAUUAUCUUUGAGUGUAUCCUGGAAACGUUUCUUUACUUUUUGUGUUUGGAGUUUGAAUCUGCAAACGGAUAUCGUAAAUGAAAUCUUCUACAUAAGCAUUCUUUUCAUUACCUACUGUAGUGUUUUCUUUAAAGGGGCAAUCAGCAGUUGCUACAGCCGUUUUUGGACUUAUCAUUAAUUUAUAUAUACCCAUUGAUUCAUGAAGAAUAUGACUUAUAAAUGCCUCAUGAGCUUAACUCAACUGCCAUACCCUAUCAGAACCUGAAAUAUAAGUUUGUUUUACUCUAAAACUAUAUUAUAUUUUGAUAUCACGGAUGGUCAGUCCUUGCAUCCAAUGGCCCUGUCUAUGAAUUUGAGAGUGGUUACUUUUCUCUAGCCCCAUCCCUCAGUUCUUUACUGAAACAGGGAUGGUGAGGACGCUUUGUUAUUGUUUCUGCUGCCGAUUGCCGCUUUAAGGAUCAAGUAGCAAUACAGGGAACCUGUAUUGUGACAAUUGAGGUCAUUGAAUGGUGAGUUUUUUUUCUGAUUUGUUUGGUCAAACACAACUUUCAAUCAAUGGACAUUGUUUGCAUAUAUUACUGUAAACAGGUCUUCAUCUUGUUGACAUAUUUCACCAAUAGAAAGUGCACUUUUCUCUACCUCUUCAUAUCUCUACAACUUUGAGGUUUCAGUUGCUUUUCACUGUGAACUCUUGCUUGGGGAUUAAUCGCAUAGCAAGUAGUGCUAGAAUAGUAGAUUGAUAUACUGCUUUUCUUUUGAAGCUGCACAAAUGUUAAUUUGUAUCGGCUUGGAAUGAGUGAUCAUUUCUAAGUGUACUUAUUUAAAUAAAACAGUUCCUUAAGAAAUUCAUUUGAAUUUGAAUGUACAGUAGGGGCAGUUUUUGUUAACUAAUGAUGAGUAAUGACAGAGUAAGAUGCCUUUAUACUGUAUGCAACUGAGUAGAGCAGUUAAGUGGUUUCCUUGCCCAAGCCUAUAGUAUUGGCAGUAUUUCCCCUCCCUGAGAUUGUCUGGAUAUGUCACUAUUUCAUUCUUUAUUCUUAUUAAUUUUGUGAAUAAAUAAUUUUCUAAGACUAAAAUGUGUCAGGAUAUCCACACAACUGUAAUUUCUCCAUGUAUUUAUUCUAUUUUCUUGAAACUAACAAUGCCUUGAAUGUAUGCAAUUUACUCCAAUCAUGUAAUGUCAUGGAUUUCGAUUUUUUAAUUUUUUAUUGGGCUUAUUUUGGGGGAGAUUGUGUUAAACAAAUGCACCCCCCUCGAUGUUUCAUGAACUACUGGUAAUUCAUAUAGUACUGUGUCCAAUUUUCCCUUUCUCUCACAAAACAACUGUCUUUAGUUGGGCUGAAAUGUAUGGAAAAUAAAGACAUUCAAUUUUAUUGUA